AUGGCUCCUAGACAAUCAAAGACAGCUAAAAGAUCUGCUGGCCAAAAUAAAACCAGAACUGUUGAUUCAGAAGUAACCUCUGAUUCAUUAGCUAGGAAUUUAUUAAGUGAUAAACCAAAAUUGACUCCAAAAUCAACUAAAAGAACUUUAUCCAAAGAAAAAGUUAAGAAACAACAAGCCAAAUUAAGAUUAUAUGGUGCAAAGAAUGGUAAAGAAUAUAAUGAAAAGCAAUUAGACAUACCCACUUUGAAUAAAGCCAUCAUACCGGGAGUAAAAGUCAAAAGUGGUAAGAAGGGUAAAAAAUUUGUUGACGAUAAAGAUUCUUUAACAUUAAAUUUAUUAGUUAAAUCUAUCAAUGAUAAAUAUGAUCAAGUUAAUGAAAGUAAAUUGGAAAAAUCUAGAAGAUUAGAAGAAAUCAGAGAAUUAAGAAGAAAAGAAAUGGAUAGAAAAGAAGAAGCUAAAAAGAGUAAAUUAGAAGAUAAAAAGAACGAAAUCAGAAGUAAAGCAUCGGUUGCCAGAUCUAAUAGAAGAAAAAAUGCUAAAUCUAGACAAGAUGAUGAAGAGGCUUCAGAAGAACCAAAAAAGAAGAAAAAAUCUGUUUCUUUCGCUUAA